GCCAGUGACCUAGCGCAUGUGGAAUGGCAGCUUCCCGGCCGAUAAAAGGUAUUCUGAAGAACAAGAACAACGGGACAGGCAUCAAGGUGGGCCCGGCCGAAGAAGUACCAGUAGAGACUCCAGAACAAGCGGCACUUGGACUUCUGGAGGAUGACCCACAGAAGAAGUCACAGAAAUGGGACGAGAUGAACAUACUGGCAACGUACCACCCGGCAGACAAGGACUACGGGAUGAUGAAGAUCGAUGAGCCUAGCACACCCUACAACAGGAUGGUGGAGGACGAAGGGGCGCACAGCGACUCAGAGGGCAACGUGCCCAACGUGGACGACCUGGCCUCGAAAUUGGCAGCGGCAGAGGGAAAGGAACCGCGCUUCAUGAGAGAGGAGGAGGAGGAGAGUAGUGAUGAAGAGGAAGAUGAACUAACCCCAGAGGAUCAAGCGAAAAAGAAGCAGUUUCAAAUGAUGAGGAAGAUGCAUUACAACGAGGGCCUCAACAUCAGGAUGGCCAAGCAACUCAUAGCUAACGAGUUGGCGGAAGAAGAGGACGAGGACGAAGAGAUGAGAGACGAAACGGAGGACAUCAACGUAGACUCGCCGCAAGACGCUCUGGAUUCCUAGAGGAGGACGCGCCACCUCUCCUGUCCCGGCUUCUGAAACAUUUAAGAGACACUUAGCCAGACAGUGCCGGGCCAUAGAGCAGACGGACACCGCUUCACAAUCUUCCCUCAAACAACCCCUGUUCAUGCGUGUGUAUAUUUCCCAGUAACACUGAAAUGCAAAGCAUUUUGACCCUGCUGGUUGCUUCUCUUCAUUGCCAAGAGUCCCUCACAAAAAGUUGUCAUUGCCUCAAAGGAACCAGACCUCAAGGAACUGAGACCUAAAGACUGUUAUUAUCAGUGAGGACUCCUGCCUUGCUCGCUCGCUGCCGUCUCUGUCCCGGCUCCUCUCGAGCACCUGGCGAAUGCUGUCAGAAAGAACAGCAGCACCCAUUGGGUUUCUCAUUGGAUGAAAGUGGUGGAUAAUUAUGCUGACGGUGGUGGAGGUAGGAGGAUUUUUGUCUUGUUCCUUCUGUCCCCAUACCUGUUUUUGUUUAAUUAUUUUAUAUUUUUUAACUACCACCAGAACCUUCAUUGGGGAAAUCUGAAACCUUGAUGAGCCAGCUGCUGUUUUUUUUUCUCAAUUUCCUCCUCCGUUCCGAUCUUGGAUUUGGUGUUAUCUGGAAUGGAUAUAGGAACGGCAGACUGCAUUUUUAACCAGCCCACAGGGCAUCUCGAUAUCUAAGGUGACCAGCAUUCGACUCAGUCCUACACAUAUUUACACCCACUAUAGGAUUUGGUACAGACGCAUGUGCACAGACUAAUAGGAAUAGCUAUGUUUCCAACAACGUACCAUUAUCUUAAUAUGGCAGCUAAUGUACUGACAUUGACAGCUAAACCUAUUUAUUCUCUUGCAAUAAAAUUAUAUUCAUUUAUUAUGUAUUGCCUUGUGAUAACAUGCAUAAGGUCAUUUCACACAGGACUACUGCAUAUCAAAAUUGAUAUGCAGAUGGUCAGGUUUGCCAUUAUACUUAUGGAACCCAGCUGUAUUAAGCAUGGCUACUAAAGCCUUGUGGCCAUCAGCACUAAUGCGACGUUUGCUCACUAAGCUAAUGAGGGAUAGCAUUGGGGAAAUGAACCCCAGAGAAGGUUUGUACUACUGAUAAGCAGGGGUGUAUUUACUAGGAACCAAACAGCUACAAUAGCAAGGGAUUAAUCUGCACUUGUCCAAUAAGAAAAUAUUUUUGCUAUGGUGUCCACUAAGGAAUACACCCCAGGACUGUGUCCAAUACAAUAUCAAUAAGACGGGGUGUGUAGGUUGAACGGCAAGAUUUCUGGGAUAUGUACUGUAGUUGAUAUUAUGCUCACUGACAUUUUGUAUGGUAUUGUAGCAUGUGCUUGAUUAGGAACAAUUAACCCCCGUUGUUGCGACCUGCUACCUUGCUGAUAAAAGGAGUGAUAUCUGGGCAACCAAGACAGUAAGCUAUUGGUGUAUUGUUAAUUUCUUCUAUGACUUUUGAAUCAUAGCACCUUGAUCUACAUGUGAACUUUUGAGAACCACAGUCCUCCCAUGAUGACUAAGUUUCUCUUUUCUUUUUAUGGGCACACAUCAGGACAUGUAGAAAUGGUUAUCUUUUCUUCUCAGAACUAGACUUGAGCCCUUUCGUUUCACCUGUCUUAAUGGCCAUAAGAGGCUAUCCAUUGGAUUCUGUCCUUACAAUCUCAAAAGCUCACUACUGGAUCCUUUUGGAAAAUACAACACCCACAGGAAAUACUGACUGAUAUGACUGUUCCCACUUUGUUUUUUAUUUGUUUUUAUCAUGUCUAUGUUAAGGGAAGAUUUAUUGACAAAAACCAACAAGUUAAUUUGAGUAAUUAUUUUAACUUAUGAAUAGCUUUUUGUAAAAAAAAUAAAAGUUGUAUAACAUUAACUAUUGGUCGAUACUACAAGGCAAAUGUAUGUAUAUACAUGUCUCUAAGUGAAUAGGCUACGCUCAAUUUUACCCGUGCAGGUCAACGGCUUGGAUUCCCCUGCCUAUUUGUUGUUUUGCUUAAUUUUUACCAUGUUUUCUUGACACAUUUCAGUUGAACAACUGACUAGGUGUCCCACCCGCGUUCCCUUUCUUUACUAGGGACAGUGGACUAAGAUUCUAUCUCACAUGAUCAUUUAUCUGUCCCCAAAUAAUGGGGACUUUGGUUUUUUUGAGCUCUUAAAUGUGCACGUUCUUAAAAUCAUAAGAAUGUUUUAUUUUUGUCUCACAUUAAAAUGUUAUUU